UCCCUUUAAAAGAAAUUGUACAAGAAGAAAAAGACAGAUCAGUCAAGACUACAAAACAUGGCGACUGAAGAAAUCGAAAAGGCACAAGCACUUCGUUUAACGAACAAAAAUGCCGCUGUGGAAAUAUUUUCGGCAAUUGUGAAGCGGAAUUUACCAGUUGGAGAUGAAGAAGGUAUAAAGAGUAAAGAACAGGCCAUCUUGGAUCUGGGGAGUAUUUAUGCUGAAAACAAACAGGCAGCAGAAAUAAUUGCCCUGAUUGUGUAUACUCGUCCAUUUCUGGCUAUGGUCAGUAAAGCUAAGGCAGCCAAACUUGUCCGUGGAUUAGUUGAUAGAUUCCUUGAUAUGGAGGCAGCCACCGGAAAAGAGGUAGAGUUAUGUAAAGAAUGUAUAGAAUGGGCUAAGAAUGAGAAAAGAACAUUUCUUCGACAAGCUUUAGAGGCCCGAUUGAUAGCAUUAUAUUUUGAUACAAAGGACUAUCAAGAAGGCUUGAAGCUGGGUUCAUCAUUAUUACGAGAAUUAAAGAAAUUAGAUGAUAAAGCUUUAUUGGUUGAAGUUCAAUUAUUGGAGAGUAAAAUAUAUCACGCUCUUAGUAACUUACCUAAAGCAAGAGCUGCAUUAACAUCUGGUAGAACAACAGCUAAUGGUAUUUAUUGUCCACCUAAAUUACAAGCAGCUCUAGAUUUACAAUCUGGAAUUUUGCAUGCUGCAGAUGAAAGAGACUUCAAGACAGCCUAUUCAUAUUUCUAUGAAGCUUUUGAAGGUUAUGAUUCUAUAGACAGUCCUAAAGCUGUAGUGGCACUCAAAUACAUGUUACUUAGUAAAAUAAUGUUAAAUACAGCUGAUGAAGUACAUACCAUAGUGAGCGGUAAAUUAGCAUUAAAAUAUUCUGGCGCUGCCGUGGAAGCCAUGAAGAGUAUAGCAGAUGCCAGUCAUAAACGAUCGUUAGCUGAUUUUCAGAAGUCACUAGCAUCGUAUAAGAAGGAAUUAGAAGAUGACCCAAUAGUUAAUGCCCAUCUGAAGACUUUAUAUGAUAAUUUAUUAGAACAGAAUCUCUGUAGAAUUAUAGAACCAUUCUCUAAAGUACAGGUACAACAUGUAGCUAAUUUAAUCAAAUUACCAGAGGUUACGAUUGAGAAGAAAUUGUCACAGAUGAUAUUAGAUAAGAAAUUUAGUGGUAUUUUGGACCAAGGAGCUGGAGUAUUGAUAAUAUUUGAUGAAACUCCAAUAGAUAAAACAUACGAAAGUACUUUAGACACUAUUCAGAAUAUGGGUAAAGUGGUAGAUGCCUUGUAUAGCAAAGCCAAGAAAUUGGGUUAAAUUAAAACAUUGUUCCUUCAUUUUAUCAUCUAAUCUAUCAUUGACUCACUGUGCCACAUAAUUUGUAAUUGAGUCAAAUUUGUAACAUAAAGAAUUUUGACUGUUAAA